CGUCUACUUGGAUGUCACGACCGUUUGCAACCUCCUGGCUUCUGAGUCUCGUUGCAACCAGCAAAUUCGAAUCAAAGACUACCUAACACUUGUCUGUGCCUGUUCGACGGCCGAAGUGUUAGUGAAUGGAGGGAUGCAAAGAAAACUGUAAGGCAAGUGGAGUGCAGCGAAGAUCAGGGUGAAGUUGGUGCUCUUGCGGCUUCCAGCUUGUGCGAAGGGAACCGUCGCUUCUUUUCAGUUUGUGAUGGACAUCAUGGGAGCAGGCACGUAGGUAGGUAGGAAAGGUUGAUGCUUACUUAGCUUGGGUGAGUUCACGAGGGGCGAGAGGGAUGAUGGAAAGAGCUUGGGGGUGGAAAGUGGAAAGAGGGGAAUCAGAUGUCCCUUCCUCAUUCGUGGAUGCCAGUAUUAUCAUUGCAUUGACACAGCUUGUCCAACUGUCUGUUUACUCGGUCACCAUCCUGCAUCAUGUUUACUCACCCCGAAGCGUACAAGUUCGAAAUUGUCCGUGCCAAAUGGGAGGGCCAGCAGAAUGUUAACAGGCAACCAAGCAAACUCCGACGCUUCAGUUCGUUUGCCUCUUUCACUAGCCCGCUCAAUCCAUUUUCGCGUCGUGACCGCCGUCAGCAUGUCCUCAACUCGUCCAUGAACUCUCUUUCAGAGAUGACCGAGCCGCUACGUCAACAAACCUCCAACGACAUGGCUAGCAGGCCACAGACACCGUACGAGCCGGCAGAGGCCGACCGGCGCACCGCCUUCGGCCGCAGUCAGACUUUCAGCAACAUUCCUUUGCCAGUAAAAAGCCAAGGUCGGACUGCAAGCUCAUCGCCUAGGAAGUUUUCCACCACAUCGCAAGCCUCUUUGCACAAUGAGUCCUCGGCUUUGCAGUCCACAACGAGCGUUCCACGUAGCAGACUGCCUACUCCUGUCUCAGCAAGAGACUCCAAGCACAUAGCAGCGAGCAAGAUGUUCGCAGGUCUGGCAAAGGGGCCGAGAGCUGCGCGUUCUUACACCCAACCCAACCUUCUAAGCCCGAUGAAGCAGAACAGACCUUCGGCCCACUUCAUGAUUCCGCGCAAAGCCGUUCACAAAGAUGACCUGAAUUCGAAGACACUCAGGCAAGCACCAAAAGAGAAUACAAAGCCACCAGGGCUUCCAUCUUUUACCGAAGACUGGGUUGGUGAGAAACAGAGCGAAGAGUUGCAGACACCGCGGCGCGCGCAACCUAGACGCAACACGCUUAUGGGCGACGUCGAAGUCUGGGGAAGUCCUAAGAUGACCACGCAUGAAGCGCUACAAGCAGAGAUGGUAACGCCACUAACACCUAUCACCGUGGUAAAGAGUGGCAUGGUAAAGAGCCACACGAUGGCACAUAUCCCGCGACUGCCGUCUUCACACGAAAUUCCUCAGCACCAACUCAUGCAGCCUUUAAGAGCUCCAACUCCAAAAACACCUAGUACUGUAGGACCACCAAGCACCUUCACGACAGUACGGAAGAUAAACAACUCGAUCAGGCACCUCCGCAAACCCUCUGAACUGAGUCCCUUGGCUGAGCGCGAUACGCCCUUGGGGCCAUCCAACACGAUGACCCGCCAGGUAACUGAAGCGCAGCCCUACGCAUGGUGGGCCGGUCGGUUCCAGAGCAUCUCGGAUCGCAUCCGCAUAGAGGAGUUCGACGUAGACCUGCGCAUCAUCGCGGGCUCCACGCAACGUAUUUCGAACCUCCUCCAAGCUGACGACGAGGGAAGGAUCAGAAGAGUGUUCGAAGAGCUGCAGUCGUGCUGCCUGACUGACGAAGCACGGAACAGACUGCGGGAGUUCCAGUUCGAGUUCGCCAAGAUCAACAAGAUGCCGUUCAUCGUUCCGCCGCCCUUGCCAGUGACGCCGCGCCGUAGAGCCCAUACGAUCGAGUCGCAGACGUCGCUGGCAGCUGGCCGGAAGAUGUCGUUCAUGGAGAAGCUGAAGGGUAUUGCGAGGAAGUCCAGCAACUGACCGAAUACUUGUGUUGCAUGGAUAGAUCAGAGCAGCAUGGUAUAGUGUGGG